GCCAUAUACGUUGGCCAGAUCACUUGUAUUUAUUAGCACCGCGUAUCAUCAGAACGCAAUGAAAUUUCAACGACGUCAACGGCUACGAUUGGUCGGGAUUUUUUUAUUUUAAAUAGAUCAAAGAUCAAAUAUUAGCACCCGAAUUUUGUCGUGCGACAACGCUUGGAAACAUCGACGACAGUCGGUCAAUCUAUCUUCAACAUUCAAAUUACAGUAAAAUCUUGGUCAACUCUUCAGUUAACGAUGGUGAUAGAGGAAAUGCCGAAGAAGAAGAAAUCCGAAUCUGAGGAUGAUAAGAGGAGAAAGAAAAUUGUUCCUGAAAGCUUAAUGAAAGGUUUGGUGAGACCUGGAGGAGGUGAAUCAAAUCCUUCUGAUGGUGAUCAGGUUAUAUAUCAUUGCACAGUUAGGACAUUGGAUGGAGUUAUCGUUGAGUCUACGCGAUCAGAAUAUGGAGGGAAAGGUAUUCCAAUUAGAAACGUAUUGGGAAAGAGCAAAAUGAUAUUGGGGUUGUUGGAAGGAAUUCCAACAAUGUUGAAGGGUGAAGUGGCAAUGUUCAAAAUGAAACCUCAAAUGCACUAUGCCGAGGAGGACUGUCCUGUUCCAGUUCCAAGUAGUUUCCCAAAAGAAGAUAAACUUCAUUUUGAGAUUGAGUUGAUAGAUUUCUCCAAAGCCAAGGUCGUUUGUGAUGAUUUGGGAGUUUUGAAGAAGGUAAUAGAUGAAGGCCAGGGUUGGGAAUCACCAAGGGAACCAUAUGAAGUAAAAGCUUGGAUUUCUGCAAAGACGGGUGAUGGCAAGUUGAUUCUUUCAUGCAGGGAAGGGGAACCAUAUUUCUUUACCUUUGGGAAAUGUGAGGUACCUAAAGGUCUUGAGAUGGGAAUAGGAACAAUGGCACGGAAAGAGAAGGCGGUAAUUUAUGUUACAAAUCAAUACUUAACUCCAUCUCCCCUCUUGCCUAUGAUAGAUGGUUAUGAAGAAGUUCAUUUUGAAGUGGAGCUUGUCCACUUCGUCCAGGUGAGGGACAUGCUGGGAGAUGGGCGCCUAAUUAAACGAAGACUACAGGAUGGAAUAGGGGAGUUUCCCAUGGAUUGCCCACUUCAUGACAGUCUUUUACGAGUCCAUUACAAAGGCAUGCUUCUUAAUGAAGAAAAGACAGUCUUCUAUGAUACAAGAGUCGAUAACCAGGGAGAACCUUUGGAGUUCAGUUCCGGAGAAGGGAUGUUGCCUGAGGGAUUUGAAAUGUGCGUACGCUUGAUGCUCCCUGGAGAGAUUGCUCUCGUCACAUGCCCUCCUGACUAUGCAUAUGACAAAUUUUUAAGGCCACCUAAUGUUCCAGAAGGUGCUCAUGUACAAUGGGAAAUUGAGCUUCUUGGUUUUGAGAUGCCAAAGGAUUGGACUGGUUUGAACUUUCAAAGCAUAAUGGAUGAAGCAGAAAAAAUUAGAGUCACGGGUAACAGACUCUUCAAAGAAGGAAAAUUUGAACUUGCCAGGGCAAAGUAUGAAAAGGUGCUUCGAGAAUUCAAUCAUGUUAACCCACAAACUGACGAGGAAGGGAAAAUGUUUUUAGACACAAGAAAUCUCUUACAUCUGAAUGUGGCAGCGUGCUUCCUCAAAAUGGGAGAAUGCGGAAAGUCAAUAGAGGCAUGUAAUAAGGUUUUAGAUGCAACCCCUGUACAUGCAAAGGCAUUAUACCGCCGUGGAAUGGCUUACAUGGCAGCUGGAGAUUUUGAGGAAGCAAGAAGUGAUUACCAAAUGAUGAUCAAAGUCGAUAAGUCCUCGGAACCAGAUGGAACAGCUGCUCUAGCAAAACUGAAGAAGCAAGAGCAGGAAGCAGAGAGAAAGGCUCGAAAACAAUUUAAAGGACUAUUUGACAAGAAGCCAGGAGAAAUUGCAGAAGCUCAAGUUGAAGACGGAGCUGGAGUUGAGAUCACUGGUCAAAACCAGAAGAAGAGUAACCAGUCGUUAUCAUCAGAGGGGGAUGAGUCUGAAGAUUAUCAUGAAGCUGCUGGUGAUGAACCUCGAGUAGGCUGGUUUUACAACUUGUGGCCCACUGGCAGAAAACUAUUUUCCUCUCUUGGGCUUCAAAGAUGUACCGUACUUUGAUAUUCUAAGGGCCAACCUUCAACUAAUAUCCAUUGCAUUGGCCUAGAGGUGCUUAAAUUAGUUUCUAGGGUAAUAUUUUCAUAAUAUAUUACUGAAUAGUGAUAAAUAAAAGAGAAGCAAAAGGUUUUUUAUCCUGUCCUCAACAGUUUUGUCAAUGGAAUUUUUAGGCCAAAGCCUUGCACUUUUACCAUACAAUAAUUGUUACGAGCAACCGAGUUUACUUGAUUGCUUUUCAUUUUUUACUAAUCGCCGUAGCAGCGGCGAGCCAAGCCGAGACAAUCCAGCCAAUGCAAGCUCUGGGUAUGCUUGGGGUCUCCUUUUCCACCAUACGAUCGGAGACUGUGACUUGCAACUCACUGGUAAACCUGCCGCUCACUGUGGCCACUUUUCCUUUUGCUAGUGGGAAAUAACUACUGACGGUUGCCCUUUGGCGAGGCGAGAAACAAGGGGAAUUGAGUUGGUUGAGCCAGAGGACGCAGGUGUCGGUACAGUAGUCGAGAGUGAAUUUGAGGAAUAUGUUGGGUUUUUGAUCCCGGGAAGUGAUUACACCCAGGAGCUUUACAAUGGUUCACGUGCUAAACAAGCCUAUGGUUGAUUUUUGCAAGCCGCUAAUCAUUAUUGAAAAUUUCAUUUCUUUAGUCUUGUCCUUUUUUGGAUUAGAUUAUUUUUGAGCCAGAUGAGUUGUCAGUUCUUGGCCAUUUUCUAUCACUUCUUGCUUGUUAAUUUAGACCCGUGUUCCUCACUCUUUUCACAUGAUAAUCCAAGAACAAACAUAAUUAUUAUA